UUCAAAAAGAUACCAUUAAGAGAAACCAUUUUAAAUAUUCCAAAUGUGCUUUCAUUGUCUAGAUUAAUUGUUUCUCCAUUUAUUGGAUAUUUUAUUUUGAGCGAACAAUAUGAGAUCGCGUUAUGUGCAUUUGUAUAUGCUGGUGUUACUGAUUUGUUAGACGGAAUCAUAGCUCGGCAUUAUAAUCUGAAAACCAUGGUAGGAACAGUAAUAGAUCCAUUGGCAGAUAAAAUAUUAAUGACCAUUCUGACGAUUACUUUAGCCAUGAAGGAUUUAUUACCAAUACCGGUAGCGACUAUAAUUUUAGGCCGAGAUUUUUGUCUUAUUUUAGCGUCCUUUUAUUAUAGAUAUAUUUCACUUCCUUCACCGAAAACAUUAUCCAGAUAUUUCGAUAUAUCAAUUCCAUCAGCAGAAGUCAGACCAACUCUAAUUAGUAAGGUGAAUACCGCUCUGCAAUUAGUGCUUAUGGGUACGACGCUUGCUAGCCCAGUAUUCGGUUGGAUCAACGUUCCAUUCUUGAAAACAUUACA